AUGCAGACCACAUUCGCCCUGUGGCGCCAGGGUAUAGUCACCGACACUCCACCAGUAAAGGACUUCCUUGAUCUCUGGCCUGCUCUGCGCAUGGAGUCGCAGGUAAAAUUGCAAUGCUGUUUUUACACAAAUUUGACCUGCUUUAAUAUAUUAGUUAUACUGAAUGAAAUUGUGAUACUGUGUUCCAAACUUGUGAUAACUUCUAAAUACUGUCCUUUGUUGUCUGUCUAUUCCAAAUGUAGGUGUAUGCAGAGAUCCAGCGAAUUACAAACCAGAACCUGCCAAACAUAAGCUAUGCUGAGAUUGACCGUCACACCCCUCGGUUGAUGACCUUGUUUAGACAGAGGGCAUUGAAGACUGGAAGGACUGCUGACGCUUUGGUUGACAUUCUGAGGUGUCAUGAUCUACAGGUAAGACAGAGGACUCUGAUCAUUAGGGAACAGCACAUUGCACUGGAAUCAGAUCUUGGUCGAAUGCAAAUAUCAACUACUUAUUAAACCUUGGGCUUAGUCCUGGACUAAAAUCUUUUUUAAUGGAGAUUCUCCAUUGAGCUUGCUUUUUAGUCCAGGACUAGGCUUAAUAAGUAUUUAAAAGGCACCUGAGAGUUUGCCCUUUUGGGACUAUUCCAUUGGUUCCAUUGUACCAGGUUCCCAAUUAAACCAAGCUCAGCACAUGUCACAAGUGAUUUAAGGCUAAAUAUUCUAUAUAUAUAUUUAAGGCCCCGUGUAGCUCAGUUGGUAGAGCAUGGCGUUUGCAACGCCAGGGUUGUGGGUUCGUUUCCCACGGGGGGCGAGUAUGAAAAAAAAUAUAUGCACUCACUUAACUGUAAGUCGCUCUGGAUAAGAGCGUCUACUAAAUGACGUAAAUGUAAAAUGUAUUUGAAUCUUUCUCUGGUACCAGGUUAGAUUAGUAAGCCUAUGUCAUAAAAUUGACAUGUAUGUAUCCCUUUAGGAACUACAUGAUGCCCACACAAGGUGUACGACUGUUCUCCGUGCUCUUCCUGUGUUGCUGCGCGAGGAAGUCUCCAGAUUUUUCAAAACAUGCAAGUUAGGUUUCCUGUCAUUCUGGUUAUUUUUUAUUAUUAUUCUGAGAGGAUUAGAUGGGUGAGUAUGGUCUAUCUAGCCAACCAUAGAUCAGAGUAGAUAUAUUGCUAUAUAACAUGUCUGUCUAUUAUUCUCAUCUGAAGUGCAUUGUGUAUUUCAGGUGGAGGAUUCAGACGAGCAAGAGCUUGGUGACUCACUGGUAGCCCUGCUGACAAUCGUUGGUGACAACACGGAAAAUCCAGUCCACUAUAAUCCAGUCAAGAUCUCUGUCGUCCUGGAGAGUGAAGUUGUGGUGACUGACCUCCCCAGACUGCCGGAUGCUUUCCUGGUAAUGUUUGGUCUGAUCUAUGCUCUACAUCUCAGUUAUCCAAAAUAA